AUGGUAUUUGAUCCAUCCAAAGCCGAUACUCUCGAGAAGCAGCCGACCACAGCAGGCGGUACCACGAUGCUGAGUAAAAACUCAGACGAGGAAAAGACAACAAGUCUACCAAACCCAUUUGAUCCUUCGCAGUUCCCGGAUGGAGGCACAAAUGCCUGGCUGUGUGCACUCGGCGGCUCAUGUUGCCUUUUCGCCAGUUUUGGAUGGUUGAAUUGUAUUGGCGUGUUCCAGAACUACUACUCGACCAACCAGCUACGAGAUUACUCCUCGAGUACCGUUGCCUGGAUCUCAUCGUUAGAAAUCUUCAUCAUGUUCUUGGGUGGACCUUUCAUUGGCAAAACGUUCGAUUCUUACGGCCCUAGAUGGUUGCUAUUGGUUGGUACUUUCUUGCAUGUCUUCGGCCUCAUGAUGACGUCUCUAUCGACGGAAUACUACCAGUUCGUCUUGGCCCAAGGAAUAUGUAGCCCUAUCGGAGCAUCUAUGGUCUUUUACCCAGCCAUGAACUCGGCGACUUCUUGGUUCCUAAAGAAACGCGCCUUGGUCCUGGGCCUACUUGCUGCAGGAUCCUCGCUUGGUGGCGUCAUCAUGCCAAUCAUGGUGCAGCGCCUUAUUCCUAGAGUUGGCUUUGGGUGGGCAAUGCGUAGCGUCGCUUUUCUGAUCUUGUUCAUGUUGGUUGUGGCCAAUCUCACUGUCACCAGUCGCUUUCCGCAUUCCCCAAAGCCGCUCGUUUUCAAGGAGUUUGUACGACCAUUCGGGGAACUUCCGUUUUUGCUGGUCACCAUCGGGUCGUUCCUAUUUUUCUUCGGCAUGUGGUUGCCAAUCAACUUCAUCAUACUGCAAGCUGAAUCUACUGGAAUGUCGUCGCGGCUGGCGACGUAUCUCGUUCCUAUCAUGAACGGUGCAAGUCUUUUCGGUCGGGUCCUGCCGGGAUUCGUGGGAGACAAGAUUGGGCGCUUCAAUGUCAUGAUAGUACUUUGUUACUUCACGAGUAUUGUUAUACUGGCAUUGUGGAUCCCUGCUACCAGCAAUGCUUCAGUCAUUGUAUUCACCAUUCUCUUCGGGUUCGGACAAGGCGCGUUCGUCGGUAUGGCGGCUGCGUUGAUCGCACAGAUAAGUCCUGACUCGAGAAAGAUUGGAAUUCGAACUGGAGUCAUGUAUGCAGCCGUGUCGUUUGCCGUCUUAGUAGGCAACCCCAUUGGAGGAGUGUUGGCCGCUGGAAAUUCUGGUUAUACUGGUCUACAGAUAUUCUGUGGAGUUCUCUGUACUGCUGGGAGCACUUCUAUUGCAGCGGCUAGAGUGUUCCUUAAAGGGUGGAAACUUAAUGUAAAAGUAUAG